AAUUUUCAGAAGUUGCAUUUGUAACAUCAUUUAAUUCUCGGUUUCAGUUUGAUGAAGUUAGUACCAUAUUUGAAAAGUGGAACAAUCUUAGUUAAAAUGAAAAGAAAAUAUAAGAACAAAGAACUCACCCAUUUCCGAUAUAUAAUCGUAAUUUUCCUCCUAACUUUUCCAGUGAUAAAAGCAACUGUAAAGUCAGGUUUGAGAGAAUUCGGCAAUCAUAUAUUUCGAAAACUAAGAACCCGUGAUCCCGAAAGAAACCGUGUACUAUCGCCAAUGCCAUUAGCUUCUCUAUUAGUAUUACUACGCUAUGAUGCUAAUGCACUAAGUGCUUUAGAAAUAGGUGAAGCUUUGGAAUUGAUACAUCAACCUAUUGAAAAAAUUAUAGAACCUUAUGCAGAUAUAGAUGAAAAAAUUAACUUUAAUCCCUCAAUUUCUGUAUCAAAUCAUGUAUCAAUACGUAUAAAUGGACAAGAACAUAUAGGUAGUAACAUGACGGUAGGUGAAAUUAUCAAUCAAUGGAGCACUUUUCAUAUCUGCUAUAAAGCUAUGCAGUUAGCAGUAGCUAACGAAAAACCGGGAAUACAUCUGUUUUCGUAUGCCAAAUAUCAGAAUAAAUUUCAUUAUCAUGUUUCCAUAGGUGAAGGAUUACGUUUCGUUGAUAUUAAUGGGAAUGGAAGAACAAUGACAUCGUUACAACAAAUAGCAGUAUUUCGCUUUGCAGUCAUUGACCCUUUAAAAGCUACCGUCGUUGAAGUUCCUACCAGUGAUGAAGACACUUUGUUGUAUAUUAUAUAUCCCUUUAAAUCUGAAAAAGGUAUACUAAAAGUAGAAAAAAAAUUACGAAAAUUUCCUUUCAGCGUUAUUAAAACAUAUUUAAAAAAGAAAAGACUUAUUUUGACACUGCCAAAAAUCGAAUUGAAAGCACAAGUACCGUUAAAGAAAACAUUAAGAUCUUUGGGCAUGCGUCAAAUGUUUAUUGAUAUGUGUUAUCAUAUAGACGGACUUCCUAUAAAAGUUAGGAAAAUCAUAUCAUCAGUUUCCUUUACUAUCGAUGAAAACAGUGAAGGAGUUAAACAUCCUAUCAGUGAAGACGCACAAAUUGUUGCUAAACUUCCAAAACUUAUGGUAAAACAUCCAUUUAUAUUUUAUGUAACAUCUAAAGAACAUGAUAUAUAUUUUGAGGGAAAAAUUACCAGAUAAGGGUAAAAAUUUUACCGAAAAACUGUCUAGAAAUAUAUAUA